AUGUCAGUAGAUGUGGCUAGAGCUCACGGUGGAGACGCUGGCGGUGAUCCUCCACCGGAUCCUACUAGGAUCCCGACUACAUGCGAGUCAGGAAUCCCAACUAAGAAAAAGGGUCGUGGCGCAGCUAUUGGAAAAGAUCUAGAGGAGAGGCGGCGUAAAAAUGGAAAACCACUGGAAGUAGCGUUUUGCCCACGAACGUACAAGUACUAUUAUCAAAUAGUGGGUCGCGAGGAUUUCUUAAAGUGUUUAGAUGGUAUCGAUCGAGAGAUGAAAGACCGAUACCGUAAUAGGAAAACACUAAGACACGAACACUUUGAGAAACACUACAAUGGACAGGAGGAUUGGGAUAAGGUUCUAAACAACCCAACCAACGAUGUUAACAAGGAGGAGUGGAAGCAGAUCUGUCAGUUAUUUACAAGUCCACAAUUUAUUGCGCGCUCCAUAAAGAAUAAGGAAAAUCGGAAGAAACAAAAGUAUUCUACAACGCAGGGUACAAAAUCGCUGGCAGCCAUCCGUUUUGAAAAAACAAACCCGAACCUCAUUGAGUCAUGGAAGGAUUAUCAUUGGAAGAAAGCAACAAAUGAUUUCGUGAACGAUGAUGCUCGCCAAGAUUAUGAAAAACUGAAGGCUGAUUUUGAGUUACAAACUCAGCAAACAUCCACUGAUGCUUCUAAUAAUGAUAGUCCGUCAUCAGUUGAUCAGGUGGAGGUGCUACAAAAAGUAUUAGGCCAAAGGCGUGGACAUGUGCGAGGAGUGGGCCGCAAAUUGAAGGGGUCGAGGUCGGGGUCGAGGUCGAGGUCGGGGUCGGGGUCGGGGUCAUCAUCUACCCAACACUCUCACUUCAGCGAGUCUCAAGUUCCUCCUCAUCGUUCAAGAGAAUAUAUAGAAAAAUUGGAGAAUAAUCUACAGAAAUUGACUGAUCAAGUUAAUUUCUUAACUCAAUAUUUUGUACCUUCAUUUCGUCCACCAAACGUUCAGAUGCCGCCUGUGCCUGAUAGUGACAAUAUUUCUAGGACUUCGUCUUCUCAACCUCCAGCUCCAACUCAUCCUUCUAUGUACGGGGCAGCGCCGUCUCAACAUAUGGUACCUCCAUAUAUGUACGGAGCAACACCUUAUCCGUGUCCGAUUCCACCGUCCUCCCAGCCAUCGUAUCCCUACAUGUAUGGAGCUGGAUCGUCCACAUUACCUCCCCAAUAUCCUUGGCCGAUGCCGCCACCGCAGCAAUCACAACCACAGCCACCGCAACAACCACAACAAGAAGACAAUAGAGAGGAGGACGAGGCAGCUGAUUUAGGAGACUAGGUUUAUUUUAUUAUUAAUUAUUGUUAAAUUUUAUGAACAAUAUGAAUAUUUGCUAUGUUAAUGUAUUAUGAAUAUGUACAAUUGUUAUUUUAAUAAACUAAUUUGAAUAUUUAAUAUAAUAUUUUUAUUUUUAAUA